CAAGAGUUUAGAGCCUUGGAAAAUACGUUUCAACCAUUUCUUUCUUCUUGAAAAGAGAGAGAAAAGAGAAGGGAAAAGCCCUUGCAUUUCUCAUGAACUGUGGAGUCGUGUUGGGUUUCUAUUGCUGGGGUUGGGAGUUCUUGACUGCCCUUCUUCUCUUCUCCGCCUCUUCUCCUUAAAAAUCUUGUAUCUUUCAACAACCUCUCUCUCUCUCCCUCUCUCUCUUCUUUUUUCCCUUCUCUUAUCCUCUUUUUCUUUGAAAGAUUUCAUGGCAAAUGACAAGGGUUUAUUAGAAUAUGUUAGAAAAUCAACCCCACCACCAUUUUUAUUGAAAACCUACAUGUUGGUGGAGGAUCCGGCUACCGAUGAGGUGAUAUCAUGGAACGAAGAAGGGACUGGGUUUGUGGUGUGGCAACCGGCAGAGUUUGCUCGUGAUCUCUUACCAACGCUCUUCAAGCAUAGCAAUUUCUCUAGCUUUGUCCGGCAACUCAAUACUUAUGGUUUCCGAAAAGUUGCAACAAGCCGGUGGGAGUUUUGCAAUGACAUGUUUCGGAAGGGUGAAAGAGAGUUACUGUGCCAAAUUCGUAGAAGAAAAGCAUGGUCUAGCAAGCAACAACCUAUUGCACCAAUUCAAGUCACAACACAAGAGUUUGAAGAAGAUCAAAGAUCAUCAUCCACUUCAUCAUCAUCCGAAUACACUACUCUGGUUGAUGAAAAUAAACGACUAAAGAAAGAAAAUGGGGUCUUGAGCACUGAGCUUACUAGCAUGAAGAGGAAGUGCAGGGAGCUUCUUGAUUUAGUGGCUAAAUAUGCACAUUUGGAGAAAGAAGAGGAAGAUGAGAGGCCGAAGUUGUUUGGUGUGAGAUUGGAAGCCGAGGGAGACAGGGAGAGGAAGAGAAAGAGAGCAGAGAUUAGUGAAAGUGCAAGCAUUUUACUAUCUCAAUCGUGCAUAUAAAACGUGUGCCGUGUAGAAUAAUCAAGGAUAGCUAAAAGUCAUCGGCUACUUCACAAAAAACGAAGUAGAUAGCUUAGAUACGACAAAGCUUUAAGUUACAUAUUUUACUGCUGUGGCAGUGAUGAACAAGAUCUGUGCAUUGUCAUGUACUUCAAAGGGUGUUAAAAUGGGCUCAAGCCCCCCUUAUGUUAGCUGCAUGACUGGCUCAAGUUAUACAUAUGUUUCUCUUCUGGUUGGAAAUGUAAAAUAUAUACAGUAUAUGGUUUGCUAUGGUAAAGCAGUUGCUAUUUGGUUUUCUUAAUAA